AUGGCUUUUGAAAUUGACAAGGCAUGUCUUGUAUCCAUCAUGAUCGAGUCAAUGCUUUUCGGCAUUUUUACCGUGCUUUACGUAUUGGCGUCAUACUUACUUCAUUAUAAAACGACUGUGAGCGGCCCUUUGAGAAUAAGGUUCUUUUGGGCGUUGUCUGUGAUGUAUAUCCUCGGUCUUAUGCAUCUUGCCGUCAAUAUGGAACGCUCUUUAAAAGGCUUUACCGAUAGUUAUGUCGAAACAGGAGGAUCUACGGACUACUUAAGCACAAAGCAGGGCUUCCUAGACGUGUCCAGAAUUGUAAUAUAUGCCCUCCAAAGCUUGAUAGGGGAUGUCUUAAUUCUAUAUCGUGUAUAUAUUGUCUGUAGUGGAGAUAAGCGAGUGUUGAUACCCGCCCUUGCCGUAUUCAUUGGCGGAUUCGCAAGUGGUAUUGGAAUGAUCGUUUCAUUUUCGAAGCAAAACUUUAAUUUCUCGUUGGCCUCCAACCCGCUGAAUUGGAUGAUUGCAUUCUUUUCAUUUAGUUUUAUUGUGAAUUUCGGCGGAACAGUUGCUAUCACACUCCGCAUCUGGUUGACAAGACGAAAGAUGCCCGCUGCAACUCCGACUUUCGACCUAUCGCCUCUCGUCGUAGUGUUGCUUGAUCCUGGGAUAUUCUACUCAAUUUCCCUCUUAGGCCUUUUCGGACUAUUUUUGGCGCGCUCUCUUGGACUUGCUGUAGUAGUCGAAUGGAUAACACAGAUAAUCGGCAUUGUCUUCUCGUUGAUCAUUAUUCGCAUUGGAUUCAAGAGGAUUUGGAACGGACGAUUAGAGUAUCCGUUUACGCAAAGGAUGAAGCGCCUACUUCCAAUGCCAGCGGGUGCGGGCAGUGACCGUACUAGCAAGAGUGAGACGAGCAGGGAUAGUGAAGAUAAACUGUGA